CUUUGGUGAUGGUGAUUUUCUUUUCGCCUUCAAACAGCAGAAACGAUUCGAAAGCAGGAGGCGCGUUCAUCUUGUCCGCGUGCACAACGUGAAGUGACUCGUGCUGCGUUCAAGUUAACACGUGCUUGCAGUUGGCAAACAUGGCAUCUCAGAAUGUGGAUCCUGCAGUGUCCUCACUCACUCUGAAGGCCAGCGAGAGCGGGAGCAGCACCACCCGGGGAUCAGUGUCCAAAAGGUUACAGCAGGAGCUGAUGACGCUGAUGAUGUCAGGUGACAAAGGAAUCUCUGCUUUUCCUGAAUCGGACAACCUCUUCAAAUGGAUCGGAACCAUUGACGGGGCACAGGGCACGGUGUACGAGGGUCUGAGGUACAAACUGUCUCUGGAGUUCCCCAGUGGGUAUCCCUACCAAGCGCCUCGCGUCAGGUUUGUCACGCCGUGCUUCCAUCCCAAUGUUGAUGAGCAGGGCUUCAUCUGUCUGGACAUCCUGAAGGACAAAUGGUCGGCACUGUACGAUGUCCGCUCUGUGCUGCUGUCCAUCCAGAGCCUGCUGGGAGAACCGAACAAUGACAGUCCUCUGAAUACGGCCGCCGCGGAACUCUGGGACAACCAGGAAGCUUUUAAAGUCCACCUCCAUGCCACCUUCCAGAAGUGAAAAGACUCCAGUUUUUAUUUCGUCUGUCCUGUUUGUACAGUAUGUGUAUGUUCAAUAAAGGUCUUAAAAAA